AUGGCAAACCAAACUCUUCCUUAUUGCCCAGAUCAUAUCGUUCCAGUUGCUAUCGAGGACGUCGUUGGAACAAAAACCGAAACUAUCACUUUCGGGAAAAUUCUCGUCAACAGGGUGAAAUUGAUCGGAAUCGUGGGAUGCAUUGAACUACUUGAGAACGGCGCGAGUUUCGGCAUAAGCAACCUGGCGAAAACACACCAUAUUCUCGUCACGAAGUUCUACACGGAAGCCUUCCCAAGAACAAGGUGCGCUGAGUUCAUCAUUCCCGACUAUGUUGAAGUUUUCGGGAAAAUUCGAAUCAUUGAUGGAACGGCGUAUGUUAACGCCUUCCACUUGAAUGUGCUUUCAAAGGAAAUUGCUGAAGUAAACGAGAUCAUAAUUCGAAACUCAAGAUCAUUCUACGCCAAGAACAAACCAAGUAUGCCUGACAACACCCCAUCCGUUGUGGCAUCAUUACUUGGGCUCGGUCGGAAAGUUGGAAAUCUUUCCCGCUUCCCAAUCGAUAUGCUUGAGCCGUCGCCAGUUGUUGCAAAUAAUGGGGGAGUGUUGCCAUCGGAAAUUGAAAUGCUUGCUGAAAUGCCGAAUGGCCAAAGGGACGAUUCUUCAGACUGUUCCGACGAAGAGGAAUUGGAUUCGGAGGAAGGAGGGGCGGCCGAUGAGGAUUACGAGGACGAAGAGGAAGAGGAGCAUAUGGAAGAGGAGGAAAAAGAGGAGCUUAUCAACAAUGCGGCACCACACUUCGACUGA